AUGUCGACUUCCGAUCUGAUAUCCGCCCUCCGCGCCGGCGGCCGGAAGCUUCUCUCCGCCUCCACCGUCGCCCCGAGGCAGGAGAGCGGGUCCCACGUGUUCCAGAUCGAGAAUUACACGCAAGUCAAGAAGAUGGUGGCCAAUUGCGAGCUCGUCGAAUCGAGCACGUUCACCGUCGGCGGCCACGACUGGCAAAUCGAGUGCUACCCAAACGGCUGCACGAAGCGACCCAGCGGCUGGAUCUCGCUCUUCCUCCGGCGAACCAGCAGUGCAAAGGAAGGCGUCGCCGCCGCAACUAUCAAGUUUAGCGUGCUGGACCAAUACGGGAACCCGUCGCGUACUAAAACCUCGCCGCAACGCCGGUUCUCGAGCGGCGACGACUGGGGGUGGCCGGACUUCAUGACCAACGAAGAUCUGGAAACUGAGAAACUUCUCAAGGACGACUGCCUCCUGGUCCUGUGUGACCUCACCGUCGACCUCGGGUUGCGCACCGAGGACUGCAUGUACAAAUGUGUUGCCGUGCCGGAACCUGUAGGUGAGACGCCGGCCCCGCCGUUCGAGCUGGAAGAUGAACUGACCAAAGCCAUCUGGGAAAAGCAAUGGGCGGACGUGGAGAUCAAAGUCGGCGGGGAGACAUUCGCCGUGCACCGGUGGAUGCUCGAGGCCCGAUCCCCCGUCUUCAAGGAGGAUCUCUCGCUCGCCAUUGCUACCGGCGGCAAGAGCACCGCUGAACUACAGAUCGAAGACAUGGAUGUAGAAGUGGUCAGGACUCUGAUCGAGUUCAUCUACAAAAACAGGCUGCCGGAGAAGAAGCGUCUACUAGAGACGGCGGCAAUGGCGGAGCGUCUACUUGUGGCGGCGGACAGGUAUAUGGUCGAGAAGCUGAAGCGGAUCUGCGAAGAGGCGCUGUGCAAACACAUCGGGAUGAGCUCGGUGGCUGACACCCUAGCGUUGGCCGAGCGGCAUGGUUGCCCUGUGCUGAAAGAGGCAUGCAUGCAGUUUAUUUCCUCUCCUGGUAACCUGGUGGCAGUCGUCGCAACAGAUGGUUUUGAGCAGUUGAAAACAGGUUGCCCCCCUGCUCUCGUCGACCUCAUGGCCAAGCAGAUAGCGUUGGUCGAUCUAGGUCGUACCAUCUAG